UGAAAUCUUCAAAAAUCAGAUGGAAGGGCAAGCCACAAGACACUAUUGUAGCAGCAUCUUUCAACUAACACUUCAGGCUAAUUAAAAUCAGACUUCCUACUUCUACUUCUUGUUCGAUGUACUGAAAUGUCAUCGCUCUUCAACUCUCGUCUAUUGGCAAGGACUGGCAAGCAAUCGCUGUUCGCAGUGCCCGCUCGCAGCAUCACUUUGCCAAGUAGCCCAGAUGUUAUCGAUAAAUCAAUCUCCAACGUACCCCAGAGCAUAGCUGAAAUAUCACCGCUCUCAACGAAACGGGACCAACAGCCUACAUCAUAUAUCAAAAAUUGGGCCGAGCGCCUGGACGGUAUCAACUCUAAAUCCCGGCUGCCACGAAGCGUGCAAGCGGUGUAUUUGCGGCCUCUCCGAAGGAAAGCCGAAUACGGAUUGCCGGUUUGCGAUCUUCAACUUCGGUCGUAUAGCGUUCGAAAUGUGGAGUUCUUCGCUGAUUUCGCCGUGCGUGCCGCCUACUACUUAAAACUUCCUGUCUCCGGGCCUGUGCCUCUACCACGCAUCGUUGAACGUUGGACAUUCCCUCGAAGCAAUUUCGUGCACAAGAAAAGCCAGGAAAAUUUCGAGCGGAUUACUCUUCGCCGACUGAUCCAGAUCAAGGAUGGCAACCCUCAGGCUGUACAGACGUGGUUGGCAUUCUUACGAAAGCAUGCUUUCUAUGGAGUAGGCAUGAAAGCUAAUGUUUGGGAACACGAGAGCCUUGACGUGUUCAAGAAUAUUGAUAACGCAGUCCCUGAGGUUGAACGGUCCCUGGAGUCUCAUCUAUCACACUUCGGUCAACGGGGUGGUGAAGGGACGCAGAGUUCGAUACCUGAUCUUCUGGGCGACAUGCGACCUCCUAAACACAGAAGUCCACUAAGCAGCGUCCGCGAAGGCUGGAAUUAAGCCAAUAAUUCCCUUGUAUAUUUUGCCGUUUGAGAGCUUCUCACGUCAAUCUCUGUAUUUCUAUUUUUACCCUUAAGUAUUAGUCGGAUAGGUUUAGCACAACAAGACUUCUCAGCACAUGUUGGUUGUAUCAUUUUGCACGGUAGGAUUGCUUGGAUCACAGUUUUUGUUUAAUUAAUAUAAACAUAGGAUUCAUAUAAUGUAGCAAUGGCAACU